ACGAAAUUGACGGGAACUGAAAAGGAUGAUUUCUUGCCCCUGCGUUCCACGGCCUCCGAGAAAACCUUCAUUUCCCCGCUGGAUCCAAAUUUCGGGAAAACUGUCCUGGACAAUGUUGCAAACGAAAAGACUGUUUACAUCGACUCUCGAGACGUGCUCAGGUCUGUCACUGGAGAAAAGCGUCGUGAAGGCAUCCAGAAAUCAAUCAUUGAUGGUCUGGUACCCGUCAUGACACCUACCUUGGAUUCCGCAAAAUCUUCUGCAAAAACAGACUGGCCAUACCUUUCGUGGGCUGUUGGUUCGAACCUUUCUGCAAAUUCCUCGGAUGAGGCGAAGGAUUUCGGAACUCGUUUCAAUCGGAAAUUGGACAAUCAGCAACCAAUUUCUGCGAUUUCUCGCAUCUCUGAUGAGAUUCUGCAGGAAGAUUGCGAUAAAGACGGAAACUCGAAACCGUUCGUUACAUCGGAGCAGCAUCACACCGAUGGUCGAAUCGUCGGUGGCCAGACAGCGAAACACGGCCAAUUUCCUUUCGUGAUUUCUGCAAGUUUCCAUGGGAAUCACCUCAGAUGUGGUGGCAGUAUUUUGACGGAAACGUUUAUACUAACGGCUGCUCAUUGCUGCUCUGGUGCUGAGGGAGCGACUAUUCAUGCCGGUAAUCACAAUAUAAACGAAGACGAUGGAACUGAACAGAUCCGAUCCCAGGUUGACGUGAUCAUCCAUGAAGGAUAUGCUGUGGACAGAAGGGGACGUCCAACAAAUGAUGUUUGCUUGCUCAAGCUCCAUAAACCUCUUACAUUUGAUGAUUUCGUUUCUCCAAUUGGACUGCCUUCACAUGACCUUAUUCUGCUACCAGGUGCCUCCCUUCUCAUCAUUGGAUGGGGUAGGUUGAGCUAUGGGGGCGGAAGUCCUUCUGAGUUGCAGUGGGCAGAAGUGAAUCAUAUCGAUUUUGAUGUUUGCAAGGGGAAUUAUUCACUUUCCUUCAACAGCCUGACUGAGGACAUGAUUUGUGCAGGAGUUGAAAGUGGCACAGUGGACACAUGCCAAAUGUGCAAGAUUUGCUUUCUGUUGGGACUUGCUGGAAUAAUGUUGGUUUUUCUCAAAUAUUUCUCUGCAUAUAUCCAUGUGUCUUGUAGGGAGAUUCUGGAGGGCCACUGGUGGACAAAGAAACAAACACACUUGUUGGAGUUGUCUCUUGGGGCAUUGAAUGCGCAAAGCCUGGGUUUCCUGGAGUCUAUGCCCGAGUGUCACACUUUGUGA